CUGUGUAAACACACAGAUCACAUUUCCUUAUGCCUGGUGUGACAGAAACAAUAGACUUGCAGGGCUAACUGAGGCUCGAACAGGAUCCUUUCAAGCAGGCAACAUUUUGAUGCAAGGAGUUAACUGAAGAGAGUAUGUCUCAUCAACAAUCCUUCUUCAAACCGGCUUUGCCAUUCAAAGGCAACAUACAAGGUGGCCUGUCUGAGGGAAAGUGUGUGACUGUGACUGGCAGAGUCAUGCCUGCGGCCCCAAGCUUUCAUGUGAAUCUGCUUUGUGGCUCCGGUGGAAAUGUUGACAUAGCGCUCCACUUUAUUUCCCGGUAUGAAGGCCACACAGACGUUGUGGUGUGCAACACUUUCCACAACUCCCAGUGGGGUCCGGAGGAGCAGAAGGGAGCGAUGCCUAUUGCCCGAGGAGCAGAGUUUACCUUGACGUUCCUGGUCACGCGCGACUCGUACUCGGUGGUUGUGAAUGGGGCCCACUUCCUGGAAUAUCUACACCGUCUUUCUGCAUCCAGAGUGAACACCAUCUCUGUGGAUGGAGGACUGGAGGUCCACUCCAUCUCCUUCCAGAGCCCUCAGGGUGAAAGGCGCCAAAAUCAUUUGAGAUCUCAACAAAACAGGCAAAAAUCUUCUCAGUGGCGUAAAGCAGCACAGGUUUAUCCGCCGGUCUUUGGAGCCAUGGGAAUCUCUCCAGCUCCUCCUGCAUACAGCCCUCAGCCCUCCUAUGCUGUGCCAUAUAAAAGCAUAAUGCCAGGUGGACUUCACCCUGGAAAAACCCUCACAGUGCAAGGCUUGGUCAACCACAAUGCUAACAAGUGGAGUCUAAACCUGCGCUUCAACUCUGGGAUAGCUCUUCACUUUAACCCCCGCUUCUCUGAGAACACAGUGGUGAUGAACAGUCUCCUGCAAGAGCAGUGGGGUCCGGAGGAGAAGCCAGGGAUCAUGCCUUUCCACCGAGGACACCCCUUCACGGUGACCAUCUCAUGUGACGCCCAGUGCUACAAGGUGUUUGUGAACGGCAUCCACACUUGCAACUACAACCACCGCUACUCCGUCCUGCAGGAUGUGGACAUCCUGGAGGUGUCUGGAGACCUGAGCCUGACCUCUGUCAUGGUCUGAAGACCACAAGAGUCACAACAGAACCAUGCAUGGAGAAUUAUUAACCACCAAAAAAAUCUGCUUCACAAUAAUUAUGUUAGAUCAGUCAGGAAAUGCUUGAUACUUGUGAGAAAUGUGUUGUUUUUGACCUGAGUUGAUAUCACAGUGACCAUGUGGCAUGCAGAAUAUCCACACAUGCCUGUAUAUGUGAACAUUCUUAUUAUCUAUAAAAACAUGUAAUGUUUCUUGUUGA